AAUGUUUUUAUUUUUGAAAAGUAUUAUGAAAGCAUCUGAUCUAUCAUCUAUCAGAGGCAGCUUGAAGUUGGUUUCAACUUUCUUCAAGUUUGAUAUCUUCUGCUGAAUCUCAAAUUUGCAAAAAGCAAUGAGACAGAGACAGAAAAAUCCCACCGUUCCACCACCCAAUCCACGCACAAGUCAAAACCCAAAACUUCCAACAUCAGAGUACCACAAACCCGAUCUCUUUUCCUCAUCCAAGACGGUGUUUGCAAUCUGCUUGGCCUUCAGGGUGGCCAAUGCUUUGUUGGUGCAGACCUAUUUCAAUCCAGAUGAACACUGGCAGGCUCUCGAAGUCGCUCACCGCAUUGCUUUCGGGUAUGGGCAUUUGACGUGGGAGUGGGAGAAGGGGAUCCGUAGCUAUUUGCAUCCGAUGCUGUUUGCUGUUCUCUAUAAAGUUCUUGCCCUUUUGGGUCUUGAUACACCAUGGUUAAUGACAAGGGCUCCACGGCUGUUACAGUCCAUAUUUUCUGCAGUUGGCGAUUUGUAUUUGUUCAAACUGUCAGAUGUCCUCUUUGGUGACUGUGUUGCGAAAUGGGCACUCUUUUCACAAUUGGCAAAUUGGUUUAUGAUAUUUUGUUUCCCUCGUACGUUGUCAAACAAUUUGGAGACUGUUCUUACACUUGUUAGCCUAUACCACUGGCCUUGUAUGAGAGUUUCUUCCACCAAAGUUCCCUUGGUUUCAAGGAAGUGGAGUUUGGCAGCAGCAGCAUUGGCUUGUGCUAUUCGACCAACUAGCGCUAUUAUAUGGGUGUAUGUCGGCCUACUUGAACUGUUUGUGACUCAUGAUAGACUGAAAUUCAUUUUUCUAGAGGUGGCCCCCAUUGGGGUCCUGGUGCUUGGACUAACAUGUUUAUUGGAUCGUUUGGUGUAUGGCUCGUGGGUCUUAGUACCUCUUAAUUUUUUCAAGUUCAAUUUUCUUUCCUCUGGGGGAGAUUAUUAUGGCACUCACAAGUGGCACUGGUACUUCACUCAGGGAUUUCCUGUCAUGCUCUUCUCAUUCUUACCAUUUUCCAUAGCUGGAAUCAUAUGGUCCAAACAAUGGAAGCUGUCUGGCCUUAUUGCGUGGGUUUUAGGACUUUACAGUGUACUAGGUCACAAAGAGUUCAGGUUUGUCCUGCCUGUGCUCCCGAUAGCUUUGAUAUUCUCUGGAUAUGCAUUAGCUAAGAUGAAGGCACCUGGUGCCCCAGAUACUAAAAAGAAAGGAUCUUUGCGCUCCCAUGUCAAAGGUUCUUUUAAAAUGCGACUUUCCAUCUUGUUCUUGCUUGCCACCAAUAUACCAAUGGCCCUCUAUAUGAGUUUGGUUCAUCAGAGAGGAACUGAGGAUGUGAUGAUAUUUUUAUCCAAAGAAGCUCGCAAUGAGAAAGUUCAAAGCAUCCUUUUUCUAAUGCCAUGCCAUGCCACACCUUACUACUCGAGUUUGCAUCGCAACCUACCAAUGCGUUUUCUCGACUGCUCACCGAGUGAGGAAAACGGAAUUCCAGAUGAAUCUGACCGUUUUAUGAUGGACCCCGUCAGUUUUGCAUCAGAAUUUGCAAGAAAUUGGUCAAUACCUAGUCAUGUUGUGUUAUUUGAUUCAGAAGAGAGAUUAUUGAGGGGUUUUCUAAUCUCACAUUCUUUCAGAGAGAUAAGAAGGUUUUUCCAUUCUCACUUCAAAGUGGACCGUGAUCUUCAAGCAUCAGUUGUGGUAUAUGUUUGGACAGGCCACUGACAUUUGUCUUCUAUGACAUUUGUCUUUUUAGUCUAGUUCUUUGCACUCUGAUUUUUUCUUUUCUUUUCUUUUUUUGUCUUUUCCUUACGAAGAUAUCUUUUCAUAUAUCAUGUUACAAACAACCUUGAUGAUAGUAGUGCUACAGUUAGCAGGAAUACUUAUGGACAAUUAUUAAUUUUCUAAUCUGAAUUAUUUAGAUGUUAUA